UGUCACAAUCUCACCACCCAGCAGUGAGGUAUUUUACUGCUGUCUCGAGAUCAAAUUAUUACUGUAGAGAAGAUUUUUAUUUUUUCUGUUUCAUUAACAGAAUAUUAUAAAGCAAUAAGCACGCUGGAAGAGCAGCAGACGUUUUACGUUGGGAAUUAAUGAAAGCACGUCUUCUUGCUUUAUUUUUACUUAUUUAUUUAUUUUUUCCGUGGUUAGGGGAGGGUUGUUUAAAAUCCACCAUCCCCACAAACAAAACUCUUCAGAGACGGUACAAUGGGGCAAUAAUGCUUGAUUCUAGAGGCAUCCCUAAGCACCCAUGUGUCAGGUUAAGAGGUGCCUGUGAUAUCAUCGGACCUUUUGGACUGGUCUAACCUACCAAUUCAAAGGUCAGCUGGGGGAAUUAUUCAAGAAUAAAUCCGAAAGAAGCUUCCAAUGCUUUGGACCUCAAAGAGAAAGGAAGACCAUGUUCGGGGAAGGCGAGGGUUCCGGGAAGCUGGGGAGGGGGCGGGCGUCCGGGGCUCGGCUGCCGCUGCGUGCGCUGCCCUAGGGGCACAGGAUGGGCCUGAGGUCCUGCACAAGCCUCUCCCAGCCCCCGCUUCACAUACCGGCAAGGAAAAGUUCAGAAGCAGCCACACCGGGACAAAAGCCUAGUUUCGCCGGCUGAAGCAGACGGGGCAUUCAAUCCGCCCAGCCAGCUCUGGAGGGCUCCAGAGAGGCUGGAACAGCCCGGUCGCCGCCCUCGCCGCCGCCGCCGCCGCCGCGGCCCCUGCGUUACUGGGGGAGACGGUGCCGCUGCGACAGGGGAGGACGCGGCUGGAGCUCAAGGAGGCUCCAGCGCGCAGGCGCCGCCGAGCCCUGCCUGGCUGCUCAGUCAAGGCACUAAGGGGGAAAAAAAAAAAAAGAAAAAAGGAAAAAAAAAAAAAAAGAAAAAAAAUCAGCAAUUUAUAGAAAGAAGAAGCUAUAGUCUGUCGGGAUAUCCAACACCAACAGCACAUUCAGACAAUGCAUCUUCGGUAAGGCUUAUUGAGAGCUCCAUUUCUGGAAAGCGUUGCGAGACUGAGGAAUAUCAGACUGCGACUCCCCGGGCACGGUUCCCUUGCAGCACGGAAGCAAUGUCUCUCCCCAUCUUCGCAUAUUCUGAUGGCAAAUCAAAUGGAAGAAAAGAGAAAGCAUGACGGCAGACUGCAUCAGUUCUCUUUAUGGAUUACAUUUUCAGUAAAAUGUAUGGAUCGGUCUUUUCCUUGUUCUUAUAUCUAGAUCAUGAGACUUGACUGAGGCUGUAUCCUUAUCCUCCAUCCAUCUAUGGCGAACUAUAGCCAUGCAGCUGACAACAUUUUGCAGAAUCUUUCGCCUCUAACAGCCUUUCUGAAACUGACUUCCUUGGGUUUCAUAAUAGGAGUCAGCGUGGUGGGCAACCUUCUGAUCUCCAUUUUGCUAGUGAAAGAUAAGACCUUGCAUAGAGCACCUUACUACUUCCUGUUGGAUCUUUGCUGUUCAGAUAUCCUCAGAUCUGCAAUUUGUUUCCCGUUUGUUUUCAACUCUGUCAAAAAUGGCUCUACCUGGACUUACGGGACUCUGACUUGCAAAGUGAUUGCCUUUCUGGGGGUUUUGUCCUGUUUCCACACUGCUUUCAUGCUCUUCUGCAUCAGUGUCACCAGAUACUUAGCUAUCGCCCAUCACCGCUUCUAUACAAAGAGGCUGACCUUUUGGACGUGUCUGGCUGUGAUCUGCAUGGUGUGGACUCUGUCUGUGGCCAUGGCGUUCCCCCCAGUUUUAGAUGUGGGCACUUAUUCAUUCAUUAGAGAGGAAGACCAAUGCACCUUCCAACACCGCUCCUUCAGGGCUAAUGAUUCUUUAGGAUUUAUGCUGCUCCUUGCUCUCAUCCUCCUAGCUACACAGCUUGUCUACCUCAAGCUGAUAUUUUUUGUCCACGAUCGAAGGAAAAUGAAGCCAGUGCAGUUUGUAGCAGCAGUCAGCCAGAACUGGACUUUCCAUGGCCCUGGAGCCAGUGGCCAAGCAGCUGCCAAUUGGCUAGCAGGAUUUGGAAGGGGUCCCACACCUCCCACCUUGCUGGGCAUCAGGCAAAAUGCAAACACCACAGGCAGAAGAAGGCUGCUGGUCUUAGACGAGUUCAAAAUGGAGAAAAGAAUCAGCAGAAUGUUCUAUAUAAUGACUUUUCUCUUCCUAACCUUGUGGGGCCCCUACUUGGUGGCCUGUUAUUGGAGAGUUUUUGCAAGAGGGCCAGUAGUACCAGGGGGAUUUCUAACAGCGGCUGUCUGGAUGAGUUUUGCCCAAGCAGGAAUCAAUCCUUUUGUCUGCAUUUUCUCCAACAGGGAGCUGAGGCGCUGUUUCAGCACAACCCUUCUUUACUGCAGAAAAUCCAGGUUACCAAGGGAACCUUACUGUGUUAUAUGAGGGAGCAUCUGUAAAUCUUUAGCCUUGUGAAACACUAACCUUCUCUGCUAAGCAGUUGUGGCCCGUAGCCAUAUCUUGAGAAGAAAUUCAAGAAUGGGAUCAGCAGUUAUGAGGAUUUGGGCACCAUUCUGCAAUCUUUGCAAUAGUUCACCUAUAAUCCUAUUUUAAAUCUCAGAGUGAUCCUGCUGACUGCUGGCGAAGGUUUGUAAUUAAGAAAGGAUUGAACCACUGCCCUAAGUUUCUUUCUGUGGUGGAAAACUAGAUAAUGAAAGUAGCAGGUGCUAAGUAUCAGUGCUAAAUGCUGUGUAUAUCACUACAUAUGAAAAAAAUCAAAAACUAAUUAGCAUUGGACAUCAAUAAAUUAAGUUGACAUGAGGUAAAUGUGUUGAUAAAAAACUAAUUUUAGACGUUUGAAGACUUUAAAAACAUUUCAUACUAUUUUUCUUUUGCAAAGACUAAAAUAUUUGGGGACUUAAAGUACUGUAAUCUACUCUAAAGAUGUGCCAUGAAUUACUGGAAUAUUACACUUUAAAGAUCACCUUGUAAGUUCUGGGGAGCAUUCCAAAGCGGUAUAUUGGAUCCAAUUAAGUUUACUCUUUUUUUUUUUGUAUUGAUACAUUAUGAUUUCUAAAUACUAUUUUCCUUACCUAGUAGUGAAAUUGCUAGCAUUGAACUGUAUUAUGUGGUUUUUGUUGAUUUGGUAUAAAGUUUUUCCAAUUCAUUCAUAUUUUACAAAUGCUAGAUAUUGUUCUGAGAGGCAACAUUAAUGGUAUCAGCCAGUCACAAUUGAGCAGUUCUAGUAAUACAGAAUAAACACAUGUUGCCUUAAAGGGUUAUCUAGUAUCCUUCAUGUUAUUUAGCAUUGGAGCAAAUAGUCAAGGGAGAUUGAAUCAGUAAUGGUCAUGGUCUGCAUCUGGAAGUGCAUGGAAGACCCUUUAAUACUCCUUUACUUUUUCCUCAUAUGGUUUGAAAAUUAAGGUGCACAUCACCAGAAUUAUGAGAUUUCCUUCUGAGAUGUGCUACCCAUUCUAGUGUGUUCUAAGAAGCAGGCAGUUGAUGGAUGUUUAUAUUUUCAGUCAGCUGUCAAGAGGAGACCAUAGCCUUAGUAUGAUAUCCUGCACAAUUUGUGAAGCAUUUAUUCUACUGAAGGCACAGUCUUGUUUAUACUUCCUGCACAUUCAGUGUAUUGGUCGUUUAAAUUAUUUCAGUUUAACUUGUGAAAGCUUAUAAUAUGAUUUCUGGUAUUUUAGAAAUACAUUAGAUUCUGUGAGUCUCAUUCUUUAAGAUACAGAUGUGUGAACUUCAAUAUAAAGUUGCAUUUGCCAAAAUUUCCCCGUGUAGCCUGUUAAUUUUUUUGGAAUCAAUUAUCUAUUUUUGGCAUAUAACAAUUUUAUUUUUAAUCCAGAGGCAAGCACAAACUAGGAAGGGCAGCUUUAUUUUGGCUUUAUUUUUGAUUUUUAUAGCUACUAUAUUCUAGAAAUGGCAAUGUAUAAAAGAUAGCAUAAAGCUGAUAAAUUGAUAUAAUAAUUUCUAUAGGAGCAUUAUUUGGUAGUUAUCACAAUCAUCUCUCUAUUCACAUGCCAAUAAUAUUUACAGAUGUACUCCUAUUUCAUUAAUUACUUCAGAAUUUUAACAUAAACAUCACUAUUUAAUUUCAAGCAUAGUAGAUAGUUUUAGUUCUAAAUAUAUAACUUGUAAGAAAAAUGAUUUACAAUAUCAUUAUGACAAAACCAGAAAAAAUGUAUUUAUUUCUGUUUACUUUCCAUUCAUUUUUUUUUAUGUUUUGUAUGUGGAGUUUUUGGUAUUUGAAAAAGAUUAGGAAUCUAAUGGAACAGAAUUUCAUAUUGCUAUAGUAUUUAAGCAAGCAGAAUAUUAUACGUAUAAAUAAGGAAAAAUAAAUCAUUGAAAUGUUUCAAUGAAAUAUGCAACUACCCAGUUUUGCUCAUAUUAAGAACAGCUCAAGCCAUGAUUUAGUGAGCACUCUGACCUCAUUUUUACUUUCCACCAAAGUUGAUGGGAUCUGAGACAAAGUUGAAUGUACAAUGAGUUGUAUCUAGCAAUAAAAUACUAAAAACCAUUAUCUAAAACACAAAACAGGAAACUUAUCAAAAAGAUAUUCAUUAUUUUUCCAACUCAAAGAAAUUUAUAGGAGAGACACAACUAAAAUAAUCACACUUAUGGAGAACUUUGCUUUGGGGUUCAAAUAUCACCAGCAAUCAACAGAAAACUCAGCAAUAAUAUUGAGGUCAGAUGAAGUAGGUUUUACUAACACUAGCUUCCAUUAAACGGACAACAAAACUGAGGUGUAGAUUUUGAGGAGUCCAGUACAAGAGCCUGGUGAGGCUGCCUGAUUUUCCUUAGCCACUUGGAAUAACAGAUUUCAACAGUUUUGGCAAGUGACCAGUUCCCGUGAUCCAUGUGUAAGGCUGAACUUUUACUGACUUUUGGUUAAACCUACUCUUGACUAAUGUGGCAUUUGCAGGUCAAGUGGGAAGCAGUGGAUGAGAGUCAUCCCUAGCUAAUUAUUUCCACUUGGAAAUCAAUGAAAACUAGUAGUAAACAUACAAAACAAAAGGCUGCUUCAGUGUCUUAAUGACCUAAUCACAUUAUCUAUUUUGGCACCCGUUUCAAUAUUCAGUAUUUGAAAACAGUUUGUAACUAAUUCAACUUGAAAAUGUUACUAAUCUUCAACCUAUAAGAUUAGAUACCCUCUAGGGAGCCCAACUUCCCCAGGAGAAAGGCCCAUUAUGAAUAAUAAUGCAUCCCUCUUGGACUCAUUAUGCAUAUGAGUUGAAUAGUCUUUAAAUUGUUUUCCAUAAUAGUGGUGAUGUACUUGCAUGGAUGUGUCUAUACUGUUUCAUCUAGUUCCUUUUGUGCACAAUGGAUUUAUUUGUGAGAUGUCUGGCUGGAGCUAAGCAUUCAGUCUGUGUUUGUAAAAUCCUAUGUUGAUAUUAAGUAAGAAAGAGGAGAGUAACUUGCCCAGUUCCCCUACAGAGACCCUAUUUAGAUAACAUAAAAUUAACCAUAGUGAAUAGAUGAAACAAAUUACGUGUAGAUAGGACACUUUAUGACUGAUUGUUGUUAGCUUGUUGGAUUUCAAUGCCAGCAUUUUACAUAGAAGUUAACUGAUUUGUUGUUAUUAACACAUGGAUGUGGCCACUUACCCAUUUGCCUGGACUUCCAUGAAUGCUUUCUGAUCAUUUAUUUGUUUAUUCAUUCAUUCAACAAAUGUAUAUAGGGCACUGGGCUUGGUACUGGCUUGGUAAGUGGAAAACAAGUCAGAACAGUCUCUUAUUGAGAUAUUUUAGUCUAGUGGGAGAGAAACAGUAUAUGCAAGGCUACUUCAAAAAGCUCAUGGAAAAUGUGUAUUAUGAAAAAAAAACUAUGCAUAUAAAUAUAUCACCAAAAUAAAUGUAUCUUCCAUUUUCCAUGAACUUUUUGAAGUUGUCUUGUAUGUUGCAAUGAUUAUGAGUGUUAAAAUCAUAAGCAUUCCUUUAUGCUUCGUAUUAAUGGUUAUAAAUUUACUGUUCUCCACUUUCCCUUUGAUUCUUUAUCUGCUAUCUUUGUCCAAUAUUCCCAGGGGUUUCUUAUCUCAUAUUCCCUCAACUCAGAAGGAAAUUCAUAAUUCUACUCAAAGUAUCAGAAUUGUUUUACCCACAUUUGGAUGAAUCACUAUAUUGUAUAUUAGAACUAGUUCCCAAGUUGUUAAUUCUGUGUACAGUGAAAUCUAAAUUCCAAAGUUCCCUGUAAAAUCUGACUGUUCACUUGCACAAGCAUUAUUUCAAUUCCUUCAAGAGUCCCAGAGGUGAGUCUUUUCUGCCACACUCACACCUUCUUGCAAGUUAGCAUAAGAAUCCCUGGGCAAAGUGCAUAUCUUAGUGAUGACUCUCCUGCUCAAGCAAAAAUGUUAGUACCUUGCUAGACUGGGUGCAUGUCUUUAAUUAUUACUGAAGCAUGCCACCCCUUCAACAUUUUUGUUCCUCCUUACUGGGGCUACAACAAAAUUAUCUAACCCCCUAAUAGCUGAAAAUUUGUUUUGGCCUCUAGAACUUAUUUCUAUUGCAAACACAAUGAAGUGCAUUUAUAAUUAUUUCAACAUGCACCUUUCAUCUAAGUCUUUUGAUGGUAAAUUGUGUUGUAACUGGAAUUACUGUAUGACAGUGAUAAGCAGAACCAAAGCUCUUCACUUUUGCUUAUUUACCAUUAGAGACUUGGUUUCAUUCUUUAUUUAAUUCCAUGUGGAGGAUAGGCUAUAUUGUUAUUAAAACUAAAAAGCAGCUUACAUUAAUCUCAUACUAGAAAGAAAGAUGCUAGGAUGAUAAAUGGUCAUGUUUCAAAUAGAAGCUAAAGAUGUUAAUCAAGGAAGAUGAUUACCAGAGUUGUGGCUUAUUUACAAUUCCAAAAUCUUAUGAGUUUGUUUUUCUGUGCAAAAAUACAUUAUGUUCAUGUUUGUUAAUAUUCUCUUAGAAAUACUUUGAAUGGAAAUUGCAGGUUCUACUAAGAUAAUUGUUGCUGAACGUUUUUGUUGUUGUUCUCACCUGUGGACAUGUCUCUGUUCUCUGACUUCCCAGUUCUCUCAGAAACUCUUUUGACACCACAUUAAAUGCUAGCAUUGCUUGA